AUGGCGGCAGAAAAUGUUGAGAUGCAACAGGCUCAACAUGUGCCGGCCUCCUCCGCUCCGAUUGGGAAUGUGCCAAUCAAUCACGGGAAAAAGCCAGAAAAAUUCACAGGAGUGAAUUUCAAGCGGUGGCAGCAGAAGAUGUUCUUCUACUUAACCACGCUAAGUCUGGCACGUAUCUUGACCGAGGAAAUUCCCAAGGUUGUUAAGGGUGUAGAUGAGGUGAACACCCUCCUUCUGCUCGACAAAUGGAACGAGUCUGAGUUCCUCUGUCGAAACUACAUCCUUAACAAUCUUGCCGACUCACUCUAUCUUGUGUAUUGUGAGAUAAAAACGGCAAAGGAACUGUGGGAAUCUCUGGAUAAGAAAUAUAAAUCGGAGGAUGCUGGGGCCAAAAAGUUUAUUGUUGGUCGUUUCUUGGACUAUAAGAUGAGUGACUCGAAGUCUGUAAUCAGUCAAGUCCAGGAACUUCAAGUACUCUUACAAGAAAUUCACUCAGAAGAAGAAGACAACAAGAAUUCGGAGAGAAAACUGCUCUCUCAGGCUAUUGUAAAAGCCAAUGUUGUUGAGCACGGACAAAGCUCAAAACGGAAGCAUCCAAAAUCUUCCACGACGCAACCCAAAGGACAAAACAUGAAAAAGAAGUUCUUAGGGAAAUGCUACAAUUGUGAUCGUAUGGGUCACAAAGCUUCAGACUGUAAAAGGUCAAAGAAGAAAAAACCUGAGGCCAACCUGGCAGGAGAACAGAAUAUGGAUCUUUGCGCCGUGAUCUCUGAAGCUAGUGAAAAUUUCAUCUCAGGCUUGCGUUUUAAAUUGAGAAAUGGAAGACUGCUCAAUUUUGGAGAGACAGAUGCAGAAUGA